AUGGAUCGAGUUUUGUCUCUUAUUACCAUUUUUCUUGUUCUCGUUUUCUCUGGGAAACGCAGCGAAGGUUACAGUAGGAAUGAUUUCCCUAAGGACUUCGCUUUCGGUUCCGCCACUUCUGCUUAUCAGUGGGAAGGAGCUGCUUAUGAAGACGGGAGAAAGCCCAGCAUUUGGGAUACUUUCGCUCAUAGUCUUGGAGAAAACAACGGAGACACAGCAUGUGAUGGGUAUCACAAGUACAAGGAAGAUGUGCAGCUCAUGGUGGAAACUGGCUUAAAUGCCUUUAGAUUCUCCAUCUCUUGGUCCAGGCUUAUACCUAAUGGAAGAGGUCCUAUUAAUCCAAAGGGUCUACAGUUCUACAAGAACUUCAUCCAUGAACUUGUAACCCAUGGAAUCGAACCACAUGUUACACUUUUCCACUACGAUCUUCCUCAGUCUCUCGAGGACGAGUACGGAGGAUGGAUCAGCCGCAGAAUCAUCAAGGACUUUACUGCCUACGCAGACGUUUGCUUCAGAGAGUUUGGAAACAAGGUCAAAUUCUGGAACACGGUCAAUGAGGCUAAUAUAUUCACAAUCGGAGGUUACAACGAUGGCUUGACAGCACCUGGUCGUUGUUCCAAUAACUGCUUGUCAGGGAACUCUUCCACUGAGCCGUAUAUCGUAGCCCAUAACGUGCUGCUUGCGCACGCCUCUGCUUCAAGAUUAUAUAAGAAAAAAUACAAGGAUAUGCAGGGAGGUUCCGUAGGCUUUAGCAUAUUUGGAAUAGGAUUUAGUCCUUCUACAAACUCCAAGGAUGAUGAAAUCUCAGUUCAAAGAGCCAGAGAUUUCUACUUCGGCUGGAUGCUUAGGCCUCUCAUAUUUGGAGACUAUCCGGAUAGUAUGAAACAAACCGUUGGAUCAAGACUGCCAGUUUUCACAGAGGAAGAAUCACAACUAGUUAAAGGCUCAGCUGACUUUGUAGGACUCAUUCACUACCUUACAUCUACUGUCACAAACACCAAGCCUAAGUUUUCAGGAUUCCCGGAUUUCAACACAGACGUGGGCUAUGAUGUUGCUCCAUGGGCUAUGGAAGGUGUCCUCGAGUAUAUUAAGCAGAGCUAUGGCAAUCCUCCUCUGCAACUAAAGGACACACCAAGGAUUGAAUUCUUGGACGCUUACAUUGGCGCUAUACUCAAAGCCGUUAGGAAUGGAUCAGACACGAGAGGCUACUUCGUAUGGUCAUUCAUGGAUUUGUACGAGUUACUGACCGGAUACGAUGCUAGUUUUGGAAUGUACUAUGUGAAUUUCAGCGAUCCUCAACUCAAGAGAUCUCCAAAGCUCUCUGCUCAAUGGUACUCUGCUUUUCUCAAGGGCAACAACUCCACCUUACAAGGCAUCGCAAAAUUGCAGACCAAUUUAUCUUCGUCUUCCUCUUUCUAA